AUCUCAUGUUGAAUAGAAAUGUACAUGGUCUCUACGUGGUAUACCAAGACAGCUACAGGGUUUCAUACAUUUAUCAGCACGGUGCAGAAACUGAUGGUUCCACGCACCAAGUUGAAUGCGGUUAUAAACUGUAUUUUUCGUGAUAAUGCACUUUUCAAUGCAAACAUAGAGGCACAGAUAUGAUAAAAGUGUGUCAUAGGUGACACCGGGAAGACUUGAGGAUUCAUGCUGGGCUUGAGAAUCGCCAGCAUGAGCGCGGAGAAAUCGCUCCGUCGCUUGCGGCAUCUUCGCGGCGUGUUGGCCGGUGGAUCGUCGCUGUCCGGUGGGAGAAUCUCUCCCGUGCUCCGCGCUUGUUACUCGUCGGAUGGAAAAGUUUCCAUUGGUGAUGUGAGUCGGACCCUGAAGGCACCAGCUAAUCCUGAACUGGUCCCCAUCAAGCAUUUGUCUGAUGGUCUACCCCAGUCAGUGAUGCGACACCUACGAUGGAUCAUGCAAAAGGAUGCACUUGGCCAAGACGUGUUUUUGAUUGGACCGCCGGGCCCCCUGCGUAGAGCCAUUGCUAUGCAGUACUUGGAACUGACAAAGCGGGAAGUGGAAUACCUGGCCCUGACGAGGGACACGACCGAGUCGGAUCUGAAACAGCGGCGAGAAAUCAAGGAUGGAACGGCCUUUUAUAUCGAUCAGUGCGCAGUCCGAGCGGCAACCCAGGGUCGCAUCCUGGUCAUUGAGGGUGUCGAGAAAGCCGAGAGGAACGUCCUGCCGGUGCUCAACAACCUCCUGGAGAACAGAGAGAUGCAGCUGGAGGACGGACGCUUCCUGGUGGCUGCUGAUAGAUACGACAAACUACUCAAAGACCAUUCACAGGAGGAGCUAGAUGCAUGGAAGCUGGUCCGUGUCAGCGAAGAUUUCCGGGUCAUCGCUCUGGGCCUGCCCGUCCCUCGUUACCGUGGCAACCCCUUAGAUCCUCCCUUACGCUCCCGUUUCCAGGCCCGGGAUAUUAACCCUUUACCGUUCAAGGAUCAUUUGGAACUCUUAAAUGCUCUUGGAUCCAGCCUCGCCUCUGAUAAAGUGCCCCAGAUGUUAUCCUUUGCCACGGCGCUCCGGAGCCAGGAACUAGCCACCCUCAGUCUGCCGGACUUCCCCAUUGAUAACCUGGCCAGCAUCGUCAAAAUCAUGGAUUCAGUUCCCAACAUGUCAGCUCAGAAACUGCUCUAUCACCUGUAUCCUUAUUCGGUCUUUCUACCGAAGGAGGCACGAAGCGUGGUCCUCGAUGCUUUAAGGAGAUUUGAAUUGCUGGAAGCCAAGGACGGGAAUCUGCCCAAUCAGAGGGCAGUCUCAGUCCAACCAACCAAUCACAACGAUGCACCCAUGGCAACGGUUACCGUCGGAAGCAAGGGUGAAAGCUUCCAAGUUCAGGUUCCCGCUGGUACAACGGAACCGAGACCCCACCACGAGCAUCAACGAUUUAUCACCACACCGUCACACGAGGGCGUCCUUGCUGAUUUGCUGCUCUCGCACUCGGUCCAAGACUUCUGUAUUAUUGGCCCCAAGGGAUGUGGAAAAAGCGUUCUGACCAGGAAGUUUGCUGACAUUAUGGGAUACAAGAUGGAACCAGUCAUGCUUUAUCAGGACAUGACCUCCCGUGACCUUUUACAGCAGCGAGGGACGCUGCCUAACGGUGACACCACGUGGCGCCUGGCGCCUCUCAUUACUGCGGCACUAGAGGGCAGUAUUGCUCUGCUGGACGGUCUACACAGGGUUAAUCCCAGCACACUGGCCGUGUUACACAGGUUGGUUCAUGACCGUGAGAUCAGCUUGUUUGACGGCACCAGACUGCUGAGGAAUGAUCGUUACCAGGCACUCAAAGAACAGUCGGGACUGACUGAUGAACAAAUGCAAGAAAGGUUCAUCUUCCCGAUCCAUCCUUCCUUCCGCAUCGUCGCCCUCGCUGAGCCCCCGGUCAUCGGCAGCAGCACCCAGCAAUGGCUCAACCCUGAGCUCCUGACGCUGUUCCUGUAUCAUCACUUACGCCCUCUGUCCAUGGCUGAGGAGAUGGAUGUCAUACAGGGCAUGGUACCUAACACUAACCUGGCCACUCUUGAGUCCCUUCUCAAGCUGACACACUUGCUGAGAAAUUCUGGCGACACGACACUCCAGUCAUUAUCCUCAUCACUUUCGACUCGUAACCUGCUUCGGAUUGCACGACGGUUGUCCAGCUAUCCUGAGGAAGGCCUUCAUGAGGCUAUCAACAAGGCCUGCUUGUCUAGAUUCUUGCCGGCACUUGCUCGUCAAGCUUUAGACAAGGCGCUGAAGGAUAAUGGAAUAGAGCCCCAACUAGCAGCGGAGGAUGUCGACAUUGAACGAGCUCUUUCUUGUGAGGUCAAGAAUGGCAAGCUGCGCAUCGGCGACACGGAGAUGGCAGUCUUUAACCCAGACAACAUGAUGAUGGUACCUGACACCCUGUUCUAUGACAAUGUACAGCAUCUGAACAUCAUGGCGGCCAUGUUGAAAGAUUUCAUCCUCGGGGAGCAUCUGUUGCUAGUCGGUAACCAAGGCGUCGGCAAGAACAAGAUUGUGGAUCGUUUCCUGCAUCUGCUCAACAAGCCACGGCAGUACAUCCAGCUUCACAGAGAUACAACAGUACAGUCCUUAACCCUGCAGCCAAAUGUUCAAGACGGAAUCAUCAUAUACGAAGAUUCACCUUUGGUUCGAGCAGUGAAGCAAGGCCAGGUUUUGAUCAUCGAUGAGGCCGAUAAGGCUCCUACUAACGUGACCUGCAUCUUGAAGUCGCUGGUAGAGAGUGGAGAGAUGGUGCUAGCUGACGGAAGGAAGAUUGUUGCCGAGGGAGCCCUAGCAUCGUCCACAGAGAACACCAUUUUCACCCAUCCAGACUUCAGGAUGAUUGUUCUAGCCAACAGACCCGGGUUUCCCUUCCUUGGAAACGAUUUCUUCGGAGCUCUAGGUGAUAUAUUCAGCUGUCAUGCCGUGGACAACCCCAGUAUGGAAUCAGAGAUGACCAUGCUUCGACGCUACGGCCCGGACGUUCCCGAGACUACGCUGCGCAAGCUGGUGUCAGCGUUCAGCGAGCUGCGCGAAAUGGCCGACCAGGGUCUGAUCACGUAUCCCUACUCCACCAGGGAGGUCGUCAACAUGGUCAAACACCUGCAGAAAUUUCCGCAGGAAGGCCUGGCCAGUGUGGUCAACAACGUCUUUGACUUUGAUGUUUACAACAAGGAGAUGCGGGAGCAGGUCAUCCAGGCACUGCACAAGCACGGGAUACCAGUGGGCGCCGACCCAGGCAACGUACAGCUGGCUAAAGAGUUUCCACUGCCCGCUGCCCAGCUGACCAGUCAGUGGCACUUUGGAAGCCAAGGGUCAAGCCAUCGCAAGAUGCUGUGUCCAGUCGAAGAGAGGAAACUAAGAGUAAAGGGUCCAGUGCAGCUCGGUGUGAGGGAGUUUCCAUUGGAGAGGGUUGAGGCCAGGUCACUAGGCUUCUCGGAGCUCGUCGCAUCUUGGCAAAUACCUCUGAGCGAGACGACCAGAGUGUGUGACGUGGUCGCCUCAAAAUACUCAACUGUGGGCCCAAUUCAUGUCCUGACCUCUAACCCCAUCUGCCUGUACUCAAUGAAGCCACACGGGAAAACCAUACGCUUUCUGGACCUGUACGACAUCUUCCCUGGCCUGGGUCCCAAGCCCAUAGCCAUAGCCGCCCUGGGGGAACAGCUAGCUGGCCACGUCCUACUCCACGAACAGAUUAAUAACAACAUCCUCCUGAUCAACACCAGCAACGGCGCCACCUCGCGCCUGUACCUGACCUCGCCCCUAGAAACAGCCAAGGAUAUCAUUGGACGUCGCCUGACCAGCAGCAGCGAGGUCAAGGGUCACAGGAUGUGCGGCGACCUGGCCGACAAGCACCUGGUGGUGUUCUACCAAGAGGAAGGUGAUCGUCUAGAUGUUGUGGAUCUACUGAAUGGCAACGCCUACAGUCUGCAGCUGCCGUUCCAUCUAGACACCAUGUUUAUGCCAUCACCCGAUAACUGGCUACUCACAGAGGCAAAAACGCAGAAGAAAUUCCUCCUCAGCAGACUGAGCCCUGAUUCCCCUGUCAACCAGCUCAGCUCCAUAUUUGAAACCAAACCGACAAGCGCAGCAACUGAUUCAGACUCCUUCGGCACAAGUGAUGACAGCUCAUUGGUGAUUUCCAGCGAGGGUUUGACCUCUAGCGACCUUUCAGCCGCCGUUGGACAAACCAUAGACUCACCAAACAGAGUUCUCGCUGACAAGAGCAACUACGGAGCAGUGGCGGUCGGUUUUCCUGAACUGACGUCUACCAUUGAUGUGUACACCGUACCUCGAGGCCCAACACCAGCUGAUGAAGAAUCUCAUAAAGGCGACACCUUCCUAAACGCGAUGAAAAUUAGUAGGUCAAAGGUCGAGACAGAAGCUCCAGCUAGCCUCCUACCGGAGGUCAGCCAAGUCGCGAGGAUCGUGCCAUCGCAGAGGGCACCAGAGGAGGUCUUUCCUGAUGGUAAAGUCCCUCCCAAUGUUGCUGGAUGUAUCGAAGUCGCUGACCUGGCCCGACACAAAGUCAAGUAUAUCCCAGUCCCGAGUCCCAGCCUAUCGGUUCAGGGCUACAUGCCAUGGGCCUCCACCUCCUCCCAGAAGGUUGCCAUGGCAACCAGCGGAGGCAGCCAUGUUGUCACCGUGGACACCAGCGGCAUGGUGCGAGUGUGGGAGACCGGUUCCUACCAGUUGGGCAAGUCAUUGGACGAGUGGUACAAGCUGAUUGGCCGAGAAGAUAGGCAUCUACAAAUUACGACAGAGAAGGAGACAACCCAAGAUUUACAGAACAUCACGCCCAAACACGGCAAAGUUGACCCCACCAGUCAGCCGCAUGUUGGCGGAGGCACAUGGGCAGGUGGCAGCGGUGGCGUCGGCACAGCUGGUAUGGGAGGGGCAGGAGGCCCCUAUAGGCUGGAUGGGGGUCAUGAUGUGACCCAGGUCACACAGGUGCAGAAAGAUAUGGUGCCACCAGAGGUUCUGCUUGCAGCUCGUGAGAUGGCCCAGAAAGCUUUCAAAGACCGACUCAAGGAGAUCCAGAUGUCUGAAUUUGACGCUGAAAUGUACGAGCGUUUCUCGUCUGGCGUCAGGCGUCAGGUUACCUCGCUCCGAGUUGUACUGGACAGCUUACAGGCUAAGGGUAAAGAACGCCAGUGGAUGAAGCAUCAAACAGCCGGGGACCUUGACGAGGCCAAACUGAUUGAAGGCUUGACCGGUGAGAGGGCCAUCUACAAGAGACGCGGGGAACAAGACCCAGAGCUUGGCAGCCCACAGCUGAAACCCAAGAGGCUGCGACUGAUCGUGGACGUGAGCGGCAGUAUGUACCGCUUCAACGGUUACGACGGACGUCUAGAGAGGGUCAUGGAAAGCGCCCUCAUGCUCAUGGAGGCCUUUGAAGGCUACGAAAAGAAAUUUGCCUAUGAAAUCUACGGACACUCGGGUGACGACUAUGAGACUCCGUUUGUGUUGAGUAAGAAACUACCGUCGAACAACAAGGAACGUCUGGAUGUUAUCAAAACCAUGAAUGCCCACGCCCAGUUCUGCAUGAGUGGAGACAACACCCUGGAAGCCACCAAGCAUGCCAUCGAAACCAUCACUAAAGACGAAGGGGACGAGUAUUUCGUGAUCGUGCUCAGUGACGCCAACUUUGACCGCUAUGGCAUCAGCCCCGCCCUCUUUGGACGGACGCUGACCGCGGACGAGGAGGUCAACGCCUACGCAAUAUUCAUCGGGUCGCUAGGCAACCAGGCAGAUGUACUUGUUCGCAAUCUCCCGGCUGGCAGGGGCUUUGUGUGUCUGGACACUAAGAACAUACCACAGAUACUGCAGCAGAUCUUCACAUCAACUUUGUUGUCCACAAGGUAAUAACGGACGGACUUGUGUCAAGGUAAUAACGGACGGACUUGUGUCAAGUCUAAUCUUGACUACUCCCUCUGUCUAAUUUAUGGCAAAAUUGUUCAAGGAAACUUUUAUCUCUAAAAAUCAAUGUACAUUUUCCAAUGCAAGCAACAGAACCAUUUUUGGAAAAUUUGGCAAACUUAAUAUAUUGUUUAUACUGCCAACUAUAAUUUUCCCCCCUUUUUAUGCACUGGUAAAAUAAAAGAGUUAUGUAGUCAUAAAUUUGGUAUUCCAAACGGACUUUGAGUUGUAAUUUAAUUCUUCGAAUGGUGCAAAAUUUAAUCUAAAAAAAAUCGGCUUAUAGUAAAUUGUCUAGGACAAAUGUAUCUCUGCUUAUUUAAGUAUCGAUGCUAUACUGUGUAUGUUUUCAAAUGUAUACCUAACCAUUAUCAUUAAUAUCAAUGAUGUCUGAGGUUUUAUAGGAUUCAUCACGGGUACGUUGGGGAUCUUAAAUAAUUUGUUUUUACUCCCAAAAGUUGUUCUAUUUUCACAGUUAUAGCUUAUCUCCCGCGGAGACAAAGACACACAAAUAAAAAACAUAUACAAUUCAAAUAUUUUUAAAUCAAAUAUCAUUUUAGAAAAAUAGAGUUUUACAUUUGAUUUAAAAAUAAAAUCAUGACUUGAA